AUGGAGGUGACCCUCACAUCGCCGCCGACGCCCUUGGAGAGAGCCCAGGCAUUCCUGGAGCUGCUGCGUGGCGGCCAAAACUACGACGAGCCGGUGCUGGAUGGCCUGACCUUGGAGCGCGCGUGGGACGGCGGCAUCGUGUGCAGGCUGCAGGCGGCGCGCAAGCACGCGAACCGAUAUGGCACCAUGCACGGCGGCUGCAUUGCCACUCUGGUGGACGUGAUAGGCAGCGCGGCCAUCAUCACGCAGGCCGACCGUGGUGGUGUCAGCCUGAGCAUCUCCACGCACUACCUUGCCCCCAUGCCCAUCGGCGACGUGGUGGAAAUAGAGGCAACUGUGGCAAAGAUUGGCAAGCAGAUCGGCACAGCUGUCGUGAGCCUUCGGGACGCGACCACUGGGGCGCUGGUUGCUCAGGGCACCCACGUCAAGGCGCUGGUGCCACACUCGGACUCGGGGCCGGCGAUGCGCGCCCUGGUGGCCGAGCAGCGGCGGACGAAGCAGCAGCAGUUUGAAAAGCCCCAGGAGCAGCGGCGGGUCGAAAGCCAGGGGCGUGCUCCGCAACGAAGCAAGCUGUGA